AUGAAAUACUCGAAUAGGGUGGCGCAGUUGCGUAAUCUGAAACAAAGAACAUUCGAUCCGACCGGCACCCCGCGUUCGGAGGGUUCCUCCGGCAUCGCCGCCGCCGACGCCACCGUCGCUAGGAAAACCGGGCGUUCCCGUCCACGUUUUUCUAUAUUUUUUUUCCUCUUCCCUCUCGAAAUUUGUGUAGCGUCGCUCGGGGCGCCGACCGAACCAGCGAACGGUCGUUUCGCAGCGGCGGUUCGGCAUCGGCCGUCAAUAAUUACGUCGCCCUGUAGCGCGGAGGCCGUAAACCGUGGGGCGGCGGGUGGGCGGUCGGGCGACUGCCGCCGUACGGGGACCGUGGGGGAGCUUAACGGACUAAGUCCGUUUUCUGGAUGCCACCUAGAGCCCAACGAUCCCCAUCCCAAUCCAUCCCAUCCCUCGCUAAACGCGCAGAUGGGGGGGCCGGAGCUGACCUCGAGUCCCCGGCCGCCUCCGCGAGUGCGUGACGGUCGCGCGGGGGGACGGCGGGGGAUUACUCUGCCGCGAUCCCCGGCUUCCCUCUCUUCCCUCCUCCGACCCCUACGGGCCGCCAACGCUCCGCGAUCGCGGGUCUGCAACAUCUCUCCCGAAAAGCGUCCAUCCCUUAACGUCGGCCGCCCGCAGGCCUGCUGUCGCCCGUCGGCCCCCGUCCCCCACCCUACGAGACAGCCCCAACCCACUAGCCCCCCGGGAUACCCGUUAGACGAACCAACGCUAGGCGGUGUGUUAUUUGAUUACUCCCUCGAAUUCGGUGAGAAUUCGGAACGAAGAUUAUUGCCGCGGGCUGUCGCGGCCAUUGUGCCCCUGCCUGCGGUCUCCCUCCUCGCUCCCCCACAUCCCGGCCGUCUCCUGACCACCCCCGACCCCUUGCCGCCUCCGUCCCCCUGCCCCAACCCUCGCGCGUCACCCGCCACCUACGACCACCGGCGUGAUCUGCACGCUUCUGUCGCGUCUCCGACAGGGAUGGAUUUAAGGAAACGCGCGGAUUGUACGGAGCGGAAGGUGCCCGCCGCGAUCCUAAUGUCGAUCGAUAAGGAUUCAGUUUAG